AGCGCUCGGCACAAUUUUGAAACGACAUGGAAUGUCGGCUCUAAAAACACCAGAUUCCAGAGCUUUCACGUGUCCACCUACAUAGGUCUCUUGGUCCAAUAAGUGACCAUCUUUCGUCAGUUUAUUUAGUUCAGUUUCUUGUUUUUUAGGAAAUAUAAUAUUAGCUUGAAAAGCUUGUACCAUAAACGAUGCGAGAUGAUAGUUCUUGUUUGUGUAUUAAAUAUUCGUUUAUUCUUGUGAAAUAAAUACAAUUAAUACAAAAAAUUAUACGUGCUAAAUAAGUUUGCAAAUUAAGAAUUUCUUGCAAGAUCAAUCUUUUGUCUACACUUUUUAUGUUUACAGAAUAUGCAGACCAUUCGUCAAUGUGUUAAAUAUUUAGCGUCGUCUGGCAGAUCUGCUAUAAAUAAGACGAAUAUAUUAUCAAGCACGACAAAUCUCACACCAACAUGUAGUUUUCAUAUUUCUGCGAUAUGCAGAACCAAUUUGGCUAAAUACGAACUCCCACAACAUUUUCUAGACUAUAAUAAGACAGUAUUUCCACCUCAAGAGCCAGGUGAAGAAAGGAGACCUGCUUAUGUAUGCCAUAUGAAAGGCAAUAUAAAGUACAGUCCAAAAAAGAUGUGGUACAUUGCGGGUUUUGUACGAGGAAUGUCUGUUGAUGAGGCUGUAAAACAAUUGAGCUAUAUGUAUAAGAAAGGUGCCGAGAUUGCAAAGGAAGUUAUAUUGGAAGCUCAACGUUUGGCUGUAGAAGAGCACAAUGUCGAAUUUAAAAGUAAUUUAUGGAUUGCGGAAUCAUUCUGUACUAAAGGUAUUGUAAUAAAGGGUAUACGACGUCAUGCUAGGGGACGACCUGGAACUGUACACUAUAGAUAUUGCCAUUAUUUUGUACGCUUGGAAGAAGGACCACCACCUAAACAUUAUUAUCUUCCCUAUCCUAAGACUGGUGAGGAAUUAUUACAAAAAUGGUUGAAAGAGAUGCAUAUGCGCAAAAUACCAAAUUCUUUGUAAUAUUACAAAUAAUUGUAAUAAUGUAAAUAUAUAUACAAAAACCAA